GGGAGGCAGCGGCGCAGGCGGAGCGGAGCGGUGCGGGGCUCGCUGCUGCUCUCUCGCUGUCGCCGCCACAAGCCAGCGGCCGCGGCCAUGGGCGUCCCGGGCCGCCCGCUUUGUGCCGCCGCAGCCCCGCCGCCGCCCGCUGUCCCGGGCCGCCGCUGUUGAGCCGCAUGGGCCGGGCCCAGCGCCGCCGCCGCCGUUGCUCCGUGCGGCAGUACAAGUUUGUUCCCCUCGGAGCUACAAAUACUGUUGAUUUGAGAUUUGAGCUCAUCCCGCACUGUUCCUGCACAAGCAAGGACCAGAAAAAUGAAUAUCCAGGGGAAAGGCUUUCCCUUGGACCUCGGAGGAAGCUUCACUGAAGAUGCUCCAAGGCCACCGGUUCCUGGUGAGGAGGGGGAACUUGUGUCCACUGAUCCAAGGCCAGUUAGCCAUGGUUUCUACUCCAGUAAAGGUGAUGUGGUUAGAAAUGAGACGUCCACGGCAACACCAAGGCGCUCCGAUUUGGAUUUGGGGUAUGAGCCCGAGGGGAGUGCUUCACCAACUCCACCCUACCUGAAGUGGGCCGAGUCACUGCAUUCCUUGCUGGAUGAUCAAGACGGUAUCAAUCUCUUCAGGACUUUCCUGAAACAGGAGGACUGCGCGGAUCUGCUGGACUUCUGGUUUGCCUGCAGCGGCUUCAGGAAGCUGGAGCCAUGCGCGUCUAAUGAGGAAAAAAGACUCAAGCUGGCAAAAGCCAUUUACAAAAAAUACAUCCUCGACAACAACGGCAUUGUGUCCCGGCAGAUCAAACCAGCCACAAAAAGCUUCAUCAAAGACUGCGUUGUCAAAUUGCAGAUUGACCCUGACAUGUUUGACCAGGCCCAAACGGAGAUUCAGUGCAUGAUAGAAGACAAUACCUACCCUUUGUUCCUUAAGUCUGAUAUUUAUUUGGAAUACACAAGGACAGGUGGGGAAAGUCCAAAAAUUUACAGCGAUCCGAGCUCAGGGUCUGGGACAGGUAAAGGGCUACCCGGUUAUCUGCCAACUCUGAACGAGGAUGAGGAGUGGAAGUGUGACCAAGAGGCCGAGACAGAGGCCAGCAGGGACUCAGUGCCUUCCAGCAGGCUCACGCAAAAGCUGCUCCUGGAGACGGCCACGCAGCGCGCCACCUCGGCCCGGCGCUACAGCGAGGGGAGGGAGUUCAGACAUGGGUCAUGGAGAGAGCCUGUUAACCCUUACUAUGUCAACACGGGCUACGCUUUGGCACCAGCAACCAGUGCCAAUGACAGCGAGCAGCAGAGCAUGUCCAGUGAUGCCGAUACGAUGUCGCUGACAGACAGCAGCGUGCUCUUUAAGAGAAAGCAACCAACUAUGAAAGGUGCCAGGAUGUGGUCCAACUCCUUCUCCCUGCCCUCUGUCAGGAGCAGUGAUUGCAGGAGCCCUACCUCACUCUGCUCCAGACAGAUACCAUGUAAGUCCCUCCUGGUACCCAGUGCCAGGAGCAUUGCUGGUUCAGGAACCUCGGUCAGCAUCAUUCCCCACAUAGAUUCCUCUUGUUCUGCUGCACUUGCCCUGGGCAUGCCAAGCCUUUCUCAAAGAGAUGGGAUCCCACCAUACAGACUCCGAAAGCAGCAUCGCAGAGAGAUGCAAGAAAGUGCCAAAGCAAAUGGACGUGUGCCACUACCUCACAUUCCUCGUACAUACCGAAUGCCAAAGGAUAUCCACGUUGAACCAGAGAAGUUUGCUGCAGAGCUGAUCAAUCGUUUGGAGGAAGUACAAAAGGAACGUGAAGCAGAGGAGAAGUUAGAGGAGCGUCUUAAACGCGUUCGAGCGGAAGAAGAAGGUGAGGAUGCAGAUAUCUCUUCUGGUCCCUCAGUCAUUAGCCACAAGAUGCCUUCCGCCCAAGCCUUUCAUCACUUUGCUCCUCGUUACUCUGAGAUGGGCUGCACUGGGAUGCAGAUGAGAGAUGCUCAUGAAGAAAACCCAGAAAGCAUCCUUGAUGAACACGUACAGCGUGUGAUGAAAACACCAGGCUGCCAGUCUCCAGGACCUGGACGCCACUCUCCUAAGCCACGGUCCCCAGAAAGCGGCCACUUAGGAAAACUGUCAGGGACACUAGGAACAAUUCCUCCAGGGCAUGGCAAGCACGCAACAAAAUCAGGAAUGAAACUGGAUGCAUCUAACUUAUACCACCAUAAACACGUUUACCACCACAUCCAUCACCACAGCAUGAUGAAACCAAAAGAGCAGAUCGAGGCUGAGGCCACGCAGCGAGUACAGAACAGCUUUGCUUGGAAUAUAGAUUCACAUAACUAUGCAACAAAGACACAAAACUACCCUGAAAACUUGGGCAUGGCCCCUGUCCCCAUGGACUCUUUAGGCUACAGUGGGAAAGCAAGUCUGCUCUCAAAAAGAAAUGUUAAGAAGACCGAUUCAGGGAAAAGUGAUGGUGCCAACUAUGAGAUGCCAGGAUCUCCUGAAGACGUGGAGAGAAACCAGAAGAUCCUUCAGUGGAUCAUAGAAGGAGAGAAGGAGAUCAGCAGGCAUAAGAAAACAAACCAUGGCUCUUCUGGUGCUAAGAAGCAGCUGUCCCAUGAUAUGGUCCGAUCCCUCUCCAUUGAACGACCUGUUGCGGUGCAUCCAUGGGUCAGUGCCCAGCUCCGAAACGUCGUCCAGCCUUCUCACCCAUUCAUCCAAGAUCCCACCAUGCCACCCAAUCCAGCCCCCAACCCUCUCACCCAGCUGGAAGAAGCUCGCAGGAGGUUGGAGGAGGAAGAGAAAAGGGCUGGAAAACUCCCCCUUAAACAAAGGUUGAAGCCUCAGAAGAGACCAGGCAGUGGCGCGUCCCAGCCAUGUGAGAACAUCGUGGUCGCCUACUACUUCUGCGGAGAGCCCAUCCCCUACCGCACCUUCGUCAAGGGGCGCGUGGUGACUCUGGGACAGUUCAAGGAGCUGCUGACCAAGAAAGGGAACUACAGGUAUUACUUUAAGAAGGUGAGUGACGAGUUUGACUGUGGUGUGGUCUUCGAGGAGGUGCGGGAGGAUGACACCAUCCUGCCCAUCUUUGAAGAGAAGAUCAUUGGGAAGGUGGAAAAGAUCGACUAGGCUCCAGGUCUGCCAAGGCACGAGGACAGGACUGUGAAGGACUCUGGGACCGGAGGAGAAGGUCUGGGGCGGAUGCUGGUGAUGCCAUUGCCAUGGGCACUGGGCGGAGAGCGGCAGCCUGCACCGGCACGGACCUGGCCAAGCUCCGGGUUGCUGGUAGACACCGUUUCACCCCUCAGACCUGCCAGUGGGAGCCUGGGCUCCCUCUGCAUACCGAAUAUAAGUGUAAUGUAGCAUUGUACAGUGCAUUAGAAAGUGUAAUAUGACCUUGUUUACUAAAGCUGCAUAUUUUUGAUAUAUUGUAAUAAAAGGAAAAUACUUCCAAUGUCA